AGCAAGGUCAAUCAAAAUGCAGUUUUGAUUAUUUUUUUGUUUGUUGCAUUUUUCGCUCAGGCCAAAAGAAGGCAGAAAACGUGCCGUCUUGAUCGUCCAGUUCCGGGCACGAAACGCUGCAACUCACUCCUUUUGGUGCAUUUCAGACGACUUUCAGGCAACGGAGCUGGUCCCACAGGAGCGAUCAUCGGUAAAAAUAACGUACUCUUGGCGAGGUGAAGAAAUAUUAGUACUGUACUGCUAUCUGUACGCUCCCCCGGAUACUUGAUAGUGAAACGACAGCCUUGAGACAUUUCGGGGAAACCACGGCAUCUUCACAUACGCUUUUAUUUUAAAAACUCCCCCUUCUUUUAUUCCUCUAUCCCCCCCGCAAAGAGUUUUGGUCGCAGCUAGAGGAUGCGGGCAGCAAGGGAGGUGGCUGUUGUCCGGCAGAUGCGGGGGGCAGCAUCCGAGGGACGUCAUGGCAACAAACCGAGAAGGGGCGGUUCUGCCCACUUAACACUGCGAGCACCGGAGCCGGGCGCCGAGCUGCAGCGCCGGAUCUGGAACAGCGGAAAGGGGGGAGGGAAAACCCGACCACAUUUUUCUGCUGGCUGGACGCUGUCUCCCAGCACCAAUGCAGUGAGGAGAAGCUGUUGACUUAGCUUAGUUUCAUGGUGUCCAAAUUGAAGAUGGCGCCGUCGGGCUCGGGCGGUAUAAAGCGGAGAUGUCAGAGAGUUUUGUAUUGGAUCCCGGUCCUCUUUAUCACCAUCAUAGUGGCUUGGUCCUACUACGCCUAUGUUGUCCAGCUCUGCAUAGAGUCCAUGGAAAAUACUGGAGAAAAGAUUGUCUGCCUCGUAGCGUACCACCUCUUCUUCCUCAUGUUUUCCUGGGCCUACUGGAAAACCAUCUUCACAAAGCCUCUGAAUCCCCUCAAGGAGUUUCAUCUGUCGUACGCUGACAGAGAGCUCUUGGAGAGAGAAGAUCGAGGAGAAGCACAACAGGAGAUCCUGAGAAGAAUAGCAAAGGAUUUACCCAUCUACACCAGGACCAUGUCUGGAGCAAUCAGAUACUGUGACCGUUGUCAGCUGGUGAAGCCGGAUCGAUGUCACCACUGCUCUGUCUGUGAUAAAUGUAUACUCAAAAUGGACCACCAUUGCCCCUGGGUGAACAAUUGUGUGGGAUUCUCCAACUACAAGUUUUUCAUGCUUUUUUUAGCGUACUCUCUUCUGUACUGCGUGUUCAUUGCUGCUACAGACUUGCAGUACUUCAUCAAAUUCUGGACUGCUGGUGGUAACAUACAUAAACAUCUUAUUCAAUAUGUGAAUGGUCUUCCUGACACCCAGGCCAAAUUCCACAUCAUGUUUCUGUUCUUCGCUGCUACCAUGUUCUCUGUAAGCCUCUCCUCGCUGUUCGGGUACCACUGCUGGCUGGUCAGUAAGAACAGAUCGACUCUAGAAGCGUUCAGAGCGCCGGCCUUCCGCCAUGGGGCUGACAAGAAUGGAUUCAGCCUGGGGCUCAGCAAGAACUUUCGCCAGGUGUUUGGGGAUGAAAAGCAAUACUGGUUCCUGCCCGUCUUUUCGAGCCUGGGUGAUGGUUGCUCCUUCCCGACCUGCCUUGUCAACCAGGAUCCAGAGCAGCCAGCAACACCCGCCGGACACAAUCCUUUAGUGAAGAAGUGCGAUGCCGGGGAAACUCACCAGUUCCCUGCCAAGACUUUGAGAGAAUCCCAGAGCCGCCUGCUCAAUGCUGGCCAGUCCUGGACCGAGAGUGAGGGCGGCGAUGACAAGGACAAACUUGGCAUGAGCAACCCAGCGAUGACCAUAGAAAAUGAAACCUAGGAUGAAUUUUCAUUUACAUGGAAAUGAAGGUCCGGCCGAUAUUGAAGACGGUGCUGGAAGUCUGACUUGGCCCGGAGAGGUGCUUACCUGCCCACUGACCCUCCUGUGCCUGUGUAACUGUGUGGACAUCUGGCAUUCAUUCGGCUGAUUUCGUGUCACUGCUCAAUACGACAUUCAUACUGUACUUUCAGGAACAUACUGGGGGCGGGGGUGGGUGGUUCUGGAGGAAUUGGGUUGAGGAGAAACCUGCGGGAGUCAGGGCUUUUGUAGGUAAGAAGGAGUCAGUUGUGUUCGGCCCAGCAGAAUGAUGGAAUUUAAGGUUGUCUGGAAACAAAGUAGCAUUCCAGUUAUUUACAGUAUUUAAAAACAAAUCUUUGUGGAAAAAAGCACAGUAAAUUGUAUAAUCAUAUAACCAUCGUCGGCAUUUUGCAAAUGGAUGUGUAAGAAGCUUGUUGUAACUGAUUGCCAUCAUUCAUGCGCAGCCUUUGUGUACGUUCCAUGGUACAUAUAUUUUCUUGCCAAAGGAAUUCUUCAUAGAUGAUUUCAAUACUGAAACCUGGAACUGCAGCAUGGAGUGACCCCAUACGGAAAAAAAAUAUAUUUUAAUCAAUAUAUGUUCCACUUAUUUUUAUAGAUUUUAUAUGUGUUGGAAUAUAUAUUUUCAUAAAUUUUAACAGAAAAAAGGCAUAUUAAAUUUUCCCCUUUUAGCUUACAAUUUUAUAUGACAAUGUGCUUCAAUUAAAUGUGACACAAUGAAACAACAAUCAAAUUAAAGUGCGAAGGAAGUAAAAAAAACGUUAUGAACAGUUAUUGCCCUAUCUGGUUCUGAGAGCCUGGUUCACAUGAAGUGUUAAGGAAAUGACAUUUUUGUUUCCACGUAACGUGACACACCUAUCCCACGUCAGAGUGUCUGCUCACUUACUGAAAGCUUUUUUCCAUGAAUUUACAUGAUCAAUGUAUCAACAAUACAUAAUGUUUGGAGGGUAAACUGUACAGUGUUCAAGUGUUUUUAUUUGUACUGUCUGGUUUUGUCUAUAUAGUGUUAGUCUUGUAUGUGCAGUAACAAUGGAAAUUCAGCUUACAAAAAAACAAAACCGUAUAUAAACUGAGCUAUAAUGCAUGCUAAAUUAGUGCAUAGAAAAUAUAUUUAUUUUUCGUAUGGGACAUGGAUAACUAAUAACUCUAAUGGUUAUUGCACUUUUUAUGGCACUUUUGAGUAUGAUUGAAAAUAUAUUAAAUAUGCAAAUUAACAUAAGAUAUUAGAAAUAUAACCGCAUGAACUGCUGUGUAUGAGGAAAGUAUGCACUCUUCUGUGUGACUGUGCUUAACUUUUAGGCAGGGUUAGAAAGAUCUUGCAGGCUGAGGACAUGGUAGGGGCUGAGGAGGCAAACCCAGGAGACUCUUGCAUCCUUCUUAGUUUGAGUCACGCAGGUAAAGCCAAGAGCCCAGGUAGUGUCUUUGGCCCGCGAUGAUGUGAAGUUUGGGGUGAGCAUAUCCUGCUGAAAGACAGAACUCCAAAACUGAAAACAAAAUAUUAAAAUAAAACACCAGGAAGUGGGCGGAACAUAAAAACACCACAUCAGAGACAGAUUGGUGGCAUCUCGGCUUGUGUCUGCCCUAUCCAGCCUAUCAGGCCAAAGACGCAAAUAUCUCUGCACUCCAGAAUUUGCAUGCUGAUGAUCAAAAUGGAGUUACACAUUCUAUUAUGUGCCUACAGUUUUUUAAUUUAAUCUAAUGUAUUUGUUCCUUAAUUGUACUCAACGGUCUUAUCCAAUAAGCUGAGCACUGUGGUGCCUCCACAGCAGUAUUCUUUGUUCAUUGAACAUCCUGUCUGUCUGUUUUCUCCAUGUGUUAUAACACCUGGGAGUCUAAUGACAGUAUUUCUCUUGAUGGUCUUGUUUUCCUCCAGUAGUGUCUUCUGUCACCUCCUGUUGUCCAGUAAAUGUUAAAACCAGAAGGCUGUUUGCUCUUUCUAGUUUUCCUAGGGUAUACUGCUCCUGUGAAGUGUGCAUGCCGGUGUCACCAGGGCUCAUUUAGUGAUCCUGCACAGUGUCAAAAUCAAUGCCUCAAGCUCCCUAUUUUACGCCUGGGGUGUUAAGACCCAGAUUGGCAAAUCAAAACUAAAGACCGGUAUUCUUCUAAAGGCCACCCGAGUUCUGCCUCCAGCCACACACUCCCACAGCAGCCAGAGGAGGUUGAACUCCACGCUUGACAAGCUCACUUCCACAGCCGACAGGAGGACAACAGAUUUUGCUGGACGGCGUUCGCUAACCCAGCAGGAACAAGCCGUGCUGCUGGGGGGAAACAGGACCUGUGCUCAAGCCAGGGGAGCAGCAGGCAGAAUCGAGAACAGAGCAGCUGUGGGAGCUGGAUAAGAUCAGACCAGCUGCUAGGACCCAAGCAGGAGGGCUGGAAAGGUCCCACUUGUUUGUAACCUUUCCGAUGGUCCUAUAGUGAACCUGCUGGAUUAUAAUUUCUUCAUCUCCUCCGUGCAUUGCCGAGUGUGUUAGAAACCCUUCAUCAGACGGGGGCUAGAAGUGUGGGGGUGGGGAAUGAAAACACUUGAAACAUUUGGCACUUUAAAAAAAGUGAGAUAAAACUGCACUGCGGAGUGUGGGAUUUUAACCUUUUCCCCGCCCAAAAGAUUGUAUGUCAGUGAGGUAGGAUAUAACCUUUUACGAUACAAAAAUGGUGAUGGUAGAGGGUAUUGUGUUCAAGUUGCAGUGUGCUACAUCAUAGCUUUUGAGAAAAAAGUCCCAUGGUUAAUUCUGUAUGCUUCUAGCACUGAUAAAAUAGAUGCAUUAUGUCUAAAUGACCUAUUUUUAUAUUUGAUUUGCUGGUGAAAUGGAAAAUGCUUAUUUUAAUGAAAUGUGAAGGCAGUGUAAGAUGUGUAUGCCUUGAGAAAUAAAGUUCUGCAUUCAUGUUU